UCUUACACAACAGAAAGUAAGACUUGGUCCUUUCCUUUAGUACUAUUCUUCAAUCAUGCAAACCUUCAGCAGAAAGCUGAUUUAAAAAAUCUGAUGAAUAAAAGUCGUUAUUAGACUUGAUUAUCAUUAUAUUCAUUUGAUGACAAUGCUGUACAAAGCGGUUUAAAUGGCUCGAGGUCCUCUUUUGAGUCAAUCCCGAAAGCGCGCUCUGAUUGGUCGAGGCGUAAUCACGUGGUGAGGGAGUCACGCGCUUUCCAGGAACCCGUCAGGAAGAAGAUAAACAAAACAAACCAGAGAGAAAGAAGACAGCGUGGAUUUGUGAGGAAAUUUCAUUUAAGUUUUCGUCCAGACGACUCUUGCCGAAGCGUGAAGCCUUUUUUUGACAACUGUAAAGCCUAGUUACAGAGGAACGAAAGCCUGAUAUAUUGAGGGUGAGGAGUCUGUUGCAGACUGGUCUGGGUACACGCCCCCCUACAGCACAACACCAAGUGACAGAGGCUCUGGAAAGUUGCUCUCCUGUAUCCCUUCGCCAUGCUCUAAUGCAACUAUUCACCCAAAAGACGCCUGCAUGCCAUGCUGAGCAGAAAAGCAUCUCCAAAAGCGCAGCGUGUUGAGGCAGAGGGGCUACAACAGCAGAAGACCAUGUCGGGUUCCACUCCUGUCAGCCAAAAACAGGAAUCUGAGGUUACAGUGGGCACAGGCUAACCGAAGCUGGGCAGUUAAAGAUCGGAGAAAAAAAGACCAGGAGUGGAACCUGAUGUGGUCUUCUGCUGUUGUAGCCCAUCCACCUCAACAAUUAGCUAGUUGCUAGUCUUUCAUUAUGGCUGUAAAGAGUGGUUAUUUAAAUUAUUGUGUUAACUCGACCCAGGCUGGCCAUUCUCCUCUGACCUCUCUCAUCAGCAAGCACGUAUUCAGGCAAUGCUAAUUUUUGAUGAAACACCACUGUCUUAUCAAAUUUGAGUAGAGUUGAAUGGGGUGUAUCUGAAGGUAUAUAAUUAUCCCCAGCGUUAUGUAAGCCCAAGACUCACUUCUGCUUUGGUGGAUAAUCUUGCCUGCGUACUGUAGACUGUUGUAUUGCUGCUGUAAUCAUAAAGACUGUCUUGUGCUUAUUCCUGGACUCUUAUUCACAGUAUGCCUCUCCUGAAUGUAAUGAUUUGUAAUCCCAAUCACCCAUUCAGGAUGGGGUCCCUUUGGAGUCGGGUGCCUAUCAAGGUUUUUUCCUCAUGUUGUCUCCGGGAGUUUCUCUUUGCCACCUUCACGUCUAAACGUUAUAUUGGAUUGAAAUGUUGAAUGUUGUUCUGGUUAUUGUUGAUGAGUAAAUAAAGUAUGCAUCAACACUAAUGCUGUUUCAAACAAAUUAUGAUGUCUUUAUGGAGACAGCACUGCACACCCCAGAUUCAUGGCCUGGUUUAGGCUUGUGCGAUAUAGAUUUUUCCCUGUUUGCAAUUUACCAUUAAGAUAAUCACUAUUAACUAUUUACUCAUACAGAACCAACAGCCUAAACAGGUUAUUUAAUCACUUUCUUAUUAGCACCACCAUUAACGUUAUUUUUAAAGUGUUAAUCUGACACUUCGUUGUAGGACAGUUUAAUAUUAUUAGCUCAAAAUCUUCAUCCUUUUUUGUUUUUCGGCCGAAAAUCAAAAAGCUAUAUUGGACGCUUUUUUUUCAGUGACGUGCCUAAUAGAAAUAGUUAACUGAUGUUAACUUUCUACUUUCUACCUUCUACUUCUACUUUUAAUAUGAGCAAAGUCAAAUACACAUUGAUAGAUUUUAUUUCACAUUAAUGACCUCCAAACUUUCUCCAUUUCCCCGACAGAAAGUGAGGUCCAGCCGAGAGCAGACGUCAGUUAUUGGGGGAAAGUAAUUAAUAUUAAUAUCAGCGAGUUGAAAACACCUGCGUAAAUCAUUCCAGAUUCACAUGUUGAUCGGCCCGUCUCCUGUUAUAUUGGGGAGAAAAAGGCUGCUCUUUGGGUAUAUAAUCCGCCAAAACAUCUGACCACUUGUAGCAGUGUACACUAAUGCAGAGCUCCUACACAAAAUGCGUAAAGAUUGGCAGGUCUGGUAAUAUAAUACAAUCAUAGUAAACGUCGCUGGUUAUCGUGGCAGUGUAAUAUCGUGUAGGGAUGAUUUAAGCAGUAUCGCACGAGCAAGAAUGUGGUUGUGCUGAAUAUUGGCAUGGCUGUGAUUCAUCGCAGGCACGAGGUUUAUACAACAGUUCUAUAAGCAUAUUUGUAAAGUAUAUGAUUUGCUGUCUGCCAUUUGGAAUUUUCUGAAAAACCUACUUUUUUUGAACUCCUCCUAGACUAUUCGUCCGAUUUUCACGAAAAUCGAAAGCCAUUAUCUUCAGACCAUGGCACAAAAAAACAAAACAAAAAAAAAUUAUGGAAUUCAAGUUGAUCAGUGAAACCGUUCUCGAACAACACGCAAACGAAUUUGACGGCGAACGCUCCGAAAUGGAUGUGAGGCUAUAUCUCCGUCACACUUUAACGUAUUCAGACCGAACUUAGUACGUGUAAUAACCGUAGUGAGUUGAGGGUAGCUGCACAGGUUCGGAACAGCGCCACCUCGUGGUUAAAAUUAUAAUGCAGUUUCAAAAAAUAUGUCGCUAGCAUUACUGUAGUAAUUGUUUCAAGUAGCAAGUGGAAUUUUACAUGGCAAACACAGAAGAAUGGAGUGAUACACACAGUGAAAUGAAGUGCAGUUAGAGUAAAUAUGGGCACCCUGGGAACGCUGCUCGACCAAUCAAAUUAGUGAACCGGAACUAACUGAUGUAAAAUACUGUUAUAUAGCACAAGCCUAGCCUAGUUCGGUGUUGCUCGAAAGACUGUGUUUGUUCAAACCCACUAACUAUCUUUAGAAAAGAACAAAGAAUAGCAUCAUUAUUGUCCAAUAAUGUCCAUCAUUAAUGGAUACUUAGAUCCAUCCUUUACCAGGAUGGAUCUAAGUAUCUAACCUGAGACCUUGUAGACGGAAUUACAAGGUUUCUCUUUCUCUUUGUUCAGCAUUUCUUUUUCCAGCCAGAGCAUUCUUUGCAACACAAUCAUUUCAAAAGCUGGUAUCAACUUGCCUGUGAUCUGUGACCUUUUGCUCCAGGAUAAAUUGAGGCACCUUAAUUCUAACCAGGGCUCUAGUAUAGAAUUCAGAGGAAUUCGGCUUCUUAUAGCACAUUAUCAAACAAAUGUAUUGUAUUUGUCAAUAACAAAACGUCAAUGUUUAAAUCAGUUUAGUGUUUUAAGAUAACACAGUGAAAAUACUAUAUGCUUUAGGCUUAACUACUAACUGCUAAACUUGAUCAUCCAAAUCAUAGCAAACACUUUCGACUGAAAUUGUUUUCAGAUCUAUCCAAGAGAUGUCUUGCAUGAUCUCUUCCUAGCUACGACUAUGUGUACAUGAGUCACCACAACAGGUGAAUUAUUAAUUGCAUAGGGAAACCCUGUCUCUUCCCCAUUCCAGUUGUGGCUUUUGACGGUUCUCCUGGACAGCACAGAAAGUUGGGAUUGUGACAACAGCGUGAGGUUGGAUUGGAGCUAUGCAGCCAUUGUGUUAUGGAAAGUUUUGCGUGCAAAUAUUCCUGUUUGUCUGUUGGGAGAAUAUAAGAAUGCAGUGAAGCACUAAAGGGAAAAUGGCACUUUGUUGUAUUUCCUGUCUGUCUUCUUCUAUGGUUUGUAUACGAGCUCUACUGUCUGCGAGAACUGAAGGGUGAUAAGACAUUCGUUUGACUUGUUCGCUAUGCCAGGAGGAAAUGAUGUCAUCUAGCACACGAAGAAGGCUGUUUUGCUCCAUCUUGCAGCUGGCCAGUACAACUCUGGCGCUCUCACGCAUAUUUCACUUAAUUUGUUAUGCAAAGGGCGUUAGGCUGUUCGGGUUCCUCUGUUUAUGACUAUCUGUAGGCAGCGGUGAAAGGGUGCUGCAGAGGUUGUUUAAAAAUAGCCCCAGCGCUCGACGCUCUUGCUCUCUCGCCUUCCUCCGAUCUGGCUUCAGGGCUGCUAUCGUUUCUUCCAUGGAGCUGAAUCGCCUUUUUCAGAGGGCCUCUGUAACUUUUUUUGACCAUGGCUAGACAUGCAUUAUCUUGCACCAAGAAAUUCCAUUUCUUCCUGUCUCCUGUUGCUGUUUGUGUCGUGCAGCACCGAGGAUCAGAGGUCUAUUAGUUGAUGCUGCUAGUGCUUGUUCUAAUUUCAGCAAACAGCCGUUUGUGACAGCCGCUUGUAGCUACUGUUUGUGCACUGAAUUGCAGUUUAGAACAGAGGAGAAAAACACAGCCAUACCCGCAUGUGUGGCUAAGGCAUUGUUAUUACAGAACGACUUGGUGGUCACGUUGAUUUUCUGCCAGAGACUGACAUAAGAACAAGGGAAUUGUGGGGAGUGAGGUGGCAGAAAAGUUUCCACCAAGGAACCAGGGAUCUGUUCUCGGCAAUGCCUCAGCCUAGUGUCAGUGGAAUGGAUCCUCCCUUUGGGGAUGCCUUUCAAAACUACACUUUCGCUGACCAGGCACUGACCAGCACUGACCUGUUAGCCAACAGCUCUGACCCAGACUUCAUUUAUGAACUGGACAGAGAUAUGACUUGUCGCCAGAGCCCUGGAAGAGACGUGUUUGAAGUUGAGGACUGCAAGGAGUUUGACAGCAUGGAAAAUCUUCCAGAACUAAUAGACAAUGACCUGGCCUACAGCUCCAACUUCGAACAGUGGGACACGUAUUGGGAAGACUUGACCAAGUACACACGCCUCACCAGCUGUGACAUCUGGGGCACUAAGGAGGUUGACUUCUUGGGCUUGGAUGAUUUCUCCAGCCCUUACCAAGAUGAGGAAGUCAUAGGUCGUACACCCACCUUGGCCCAGCUCAACAGUGAGGACUCUCAGCCUGUGUGUGACACUUUAUACCUUCCAGAUUCAUUGGCAGGCCAAAAGCAGACUGUUUUUCCUCCACCAGUGGUAGGUAAGAAGAUGGGCCGAACCACCCCUUCUGUCACAGGCACGUCCUCCAACCACAGUACACUGCCGGAUUACGCUGAAGGUUCCCAGAAGGCCACGUGGCCAGUGCCCUCAAGCACUGAGACUAUGGCAAAGGCCCAGAUGCAAGGGCCUAGCAGGGUUGCAUCGCCACAGCCAGAGAACACAGAUUAUGUACGCAAAGCCAAGGUUCGCAUUAGUGUACCACGCAAGCCCUUCCCAGAGAGCUGUGCUCAGCAGAUCAGUGUGUCAGCCAGCUCCCCUCUUAUCAAAGAGCAUGAGUCAAAUGCUUCUUUGAUCAGUAAUGUCCAAGCAGCCACUAGUGACACUCCAUCGUCUCUGAUUCCCCUGGUUUGUGAGAAAAGAGUGGAAAUCUGUAAACGAGAAGCUCCAUGUGGCUCCACUCCAGAGGUUGGAUUGUCAAGAGGAAAGCCACCGAAACUUAACUUCCCUGUGGCCGGCAGCAGUGAAACCUUGCUCACCGUGAGUGCCCUUGGAGCCGAUGCUACUGCUGCUGCUGAGAAGAAGAAAGAGGAGGAGCACAACUACUCACUCUUCCUGACCAGAGCGAGGCUUGCAGGCAAAGCUCCCACUGACAUGGAGGAAGACGAAGAUGAGGAAGAAGAAGAGGGCGAGGAGGAAGAGGAAGAGGAGGAGGCAGAGGGGGUGGAUUUGGAUGAUGAAGACCACGAUGAAGGAUUUGGCAGCGAGCAUGAGCUUUCAGAAAAUGAAGAGGAAGAGGAGGAAGAAGAUGAUGAUUAUGAGGGAGACAAAGAUGAUGACAUCAGCGAUGCGUUCUCAGAGCCAGGAUGUGACACUGACAUGGUAGAGGACGUUAAAGGUCUGACGGCUGGAAUUUCCAGAAAGAGGGGCAAGCGCCGAUACUUCUGGGAAUACAGCGAGCAGCUCACCCCAUCUAAGCAAGAACGUAUGCUAAAACCUUCCGAAUGGGACAGAGACACCCUUCCCAGCAACAUGUAUCAAAAGAAUGGCCUGCAUCAUGGAAAAUAUACACUAAAGAAGUCACGGCGGACAGAUGUAGAGGAUCUCACCCCCAACCCACGAAAGCUGCUUCAGAUCGGGAAUGAAUUGCGCAAGCUUAACAAGGUGAUUAGUGACCUGACCCCUGUUAGUGAGCUGCCCCUGACUGCUCGCCCUCGCUCUCGAAAGGAGAAAAACAAGUUGGCGUCCAGGGCCUGCAGACUGAAGAAAAAAGCUCAGUAUGAAGCCAACAAGGUCAAGCUGUGGGGUCUUGGCACUGAAUAUGAUCGAUUGCUGUUUGUGAUUAAUACAAUCAAAGAGGAGAUUGUGAACCGCGUUCAAGAUAACUCAAAUAACAACGGGACAAGCAUGGCAGAGAAGCUUGACAAGCUCAUAGAAGAGACACUAGUGCAGUCACCAGUAGCUGGCCAGACUUCAGACUUUGUGAACCAGAUCCUUGAGAAUACAGGCAAGGGUGACCCCACUGGAGGUCUAGUGGGACUGCGUGUGCCCACACUGAAAGUGUAGAGGCAUACAGAUAGUAUUUGGAAGCACACUCGAAGCCAUCCGCGCCAUUCCUGUCUCACACUGUAACGGCCCAACACUCUGCAUGCCCAUGUCAACAGGAGAUGCUCAAAAUGCUUAAUGUGGAUACAUGCAUACGAACACCUGUCCGUCUGUGCAUACGUAUGUAUAUAUUCACCUUCCACGCACCUACAGAAAUCUCUGCACUCAGUAGUCUGUUUCCUUACCAUGUGUGCAUGUGGCUGGUAAAAAAACCUCCAUCUGCAAGCCGCCAUUUUGCAAAAUUCAAAAGCCAAUUUAUGAGAUACCUCCCGGAAUAUAUCGUCCUUUUAGAGAUGAAGACGCAACUGGUUCCUGCUGUAGCCAUUUUUAUUCCUUAUGUCCAGCAAAUGCCCCUUUACUGGAUUCAGAAAGCAGAGGUGUUUCUUUAGGGGAUAUAGUUACCUUAUGAUCAUUAAUUAAGACUCAUGGAUAGAAAAAGACGUUUUAGAGAUAUUAACUAAAUGUCAUAUUUCACCUGGUCAUGUAAAUUUUUCAGCAUUAACUAAACUUCUGCUUUCCUAUUCUAGUAUUGUGGCAUUUGCAGGAUUAAACAAGUUACACCCUUAUAUGCCAAUUCUGAUAACGCCAAUGCAAACACACAAACAUGUUAAUCAUCUACCUUUAUUGGAAAGCAACUCAAAGAUCGAUGGUAGGCGUGUAAAAUUAGGACAGGGAUACAGCAUGACAAUUAGGAUAGGACUGGGCUUGAAUGUUCUGUUCCUUUUGUCUUGGUGGUCUCAGGGUGAAUAGAGAGAGAUUAUUGACUGACUGGAGCAGAUGGUCCAUUUAAAUCUCCCUCCUUAACUGGGAAGAACUAUUAUUCUGUACUGGUGACUCCACUUUGAUCAAAGUGCCCUCACAUCAAAUGACCCUGGACGUUUUCCGAAGUCGCAUCGAUGGGGCUCAAAAGUUGAUUCCCCGACUCGGUCUUGUUCAUAUUUGUACUUAUUAAAAGUAAGAUUCAUUGUGCCUUGUAGAUGUUGAGGGGAUAACGAAUCUCACUUGAAAGCAAGUGGACCAUGUUUCAAGGAGAAGAAGAACAGUGAGGCAAGUCAGACUUGCAGGUUUGUUAUGUAUUUCAGCUCGAUAAAGAUACGCUGAAUGAACGUAGGAACAUGGAAAAAUAUUGAUUUAUGCCACAGAGUCUGUGCUAGGUAAUAUAAGAUGGCUCUGACAAAUAUUUCUUUCCUCUCUCUAUUUUGGUACUUCAUUUAAGUGGAGAAUGGAUGUGUGUGCUUGUGCGUGUGUAUGUGUUUUUGGGGGGGGGGGUUUAUUUUAAGACAACUAUUCAUAUAUUAAAUACGAAAAAGAGAUUUGCACACUAUAUUCUGAUUGUUUUGUUUUUGUACCAAAGACACAUGCAACGUAAAUUGGCAACUAGCCAGUUUAAGUAAGGUUUUGCACAGCUAACCUGACACCGUAUUGAAUGUAGGAAAAAAAAAAACGUUGUAGGGUCAGGGAUUUUCAACGAACUGUGAAAUUUGCUUGGGUCCAAUUAUCUACAGAAAGAAGCAUUCAUUCGCAUCCUCCUAGAGCUCUUGUGCUGUUCUUCAGCUCUCAAGUUGAAGUGUUGCUUUGGAAACCUUUGUACUAGGAUCAAGCAGUUCAGUUUCCCACCAUUGCAAUUUUGUCCAUUAAUGCUUUUAAAACUGUAGAGCUGAAGAUGCUUUUGUAAUUGCAUACGUAUGACGUUAUCAGAGAACCAAAAUGUUCACUUUUAUUAAUAUCCUUUAAAUUUAUGGAGGAGAAUAAGCAUACAACAAAAACUUUAUUUUGCGUAUGUGUAUAGUCCGUAAUUCAUGCAUACACGCACUUGUAUAUGUAUUGAUAAUAUGGUACCUUUUCAAUGGAUAUGUUAAUAAGCAUGACACAUUUCUACAGCUUUAUAUUCAGUGAGUAACCUGGAAAUAAGAAAAAAAGACUUAUUCUCUGUAUUUUUGUAAUGGUUACCUUGAUGUUUUCUGUUUAAUAUUCUAUGAGCAUAUCUAUAAACCCUUUUGGAGAAAGGCUUUGAUGAAUUUAUCAUCAGCACCUCAUACCCAAAAAUAUUUCAAACCUGGACCCGGUCAUAGGCUCUUCCUUAUCCGUACCUGAAAGAGUGCUUAUACUUUGAGGCAGGAAAGCAUUCUGAGAGAGAGCUUUAUAAUUGCACCAUGAUGGCUAGCUGCUGCACCUUCAUACUUGUCCAGUGUGAAAAGCUACUGCACUUCCCAAUGCAGAACUGCAUGUUAUCUGGAAAAAAAAAAGAAAAAAAAAACUUGAUUGAUAGUCAUGGUUUGUCUUUGGGUGUUUCGUGGAGCUCUUAUUUUUGAUUGAAUUAAAGAAGGGAGAAUAUUUUCCUCUACAACCCCUACUAUAUUUAAGCUAAAGAUUUUCGGACACCAUAGUAGCUCAUAGUUGUUCUUUUUUUUUUUUUGUUUCAUUUGGCAGCGUAGUAGAUUUUGUAUAUAUCGUUCAUGUUAGAGGCUAUUGUAAUUUGCAGUGUUCUCUUUAUACAUAGAAAUGAGAUAUAUCUUCUAUAUUUAUCUUGUGUAUAUAUAAACAUACUAUAUUACAUGUAUGAUAACUAAAGCACUUUGUCUAGACAAAAAGAAAAAAAAAAGGAAAAAAAGCAUUCUUUUCCUUCCAUCUGCUGCUAAAUCGGCCUUGUUUGAAUGCUGCAGUGAGUACUUGACUUUUACCAUCUUAACCAGGACAGGUUGACAGUGAAGUCUCGAGAGGACAGGCCCCUGUGUGACGACAAGUCAAGCGUCACAAACUCCAUUUGCCUUUAGUAGACAUUUCCUAUGGAAAAGUGCAAAUUCUGCUUUGUGUUCUUCUUCAGGUUGAUGUACAGUAUUGACAUGUUCUCUCUGGACAUUGCUAGAGGUGAAUAUUGUUAUCAAUAAUUUUUUUUAAAGUAAUUUGUACUUAAUGGGGGAAAUCUGAGGUGUUUGAGGAAGCGUCAGCUUCUUAUUAGUGGCUCAGAAAAAAAAAAAACCUAUAUCACUGUACUGUAAGGCAAAUCUCUUUGCCAUAGGGAAUUAAUCAGACUACAUCCUUUUUGCCUUUCCAAACACCCAUCCAUUCUUGAUAGAAGGCAAGGCUGUAAAAGCUUUGUUGCUAUGACAACUUAUCCUAGCCUUCGUCGUGCCAUCUUGAACUAAAGCUUCUUAGCCUGGCGUUGGCUCUCAGUAGUUAUGACCAAUUUGUAAUUAAAAAAAAAAAAUCACCAAAAAAAAAAAAAAAACACUUAGCAAGUGACAAUGAGCAUGGGGAUUUAAGGUGGAGGUGCAUGUUUAUAAGUCAGUGGCCUGCUGUAGUGGGAAAGUAUCUGUGUUUGUCUUCGACUUUUUUUUUUUUUUUUGUUUGUUUUUUUUUUACUUCAGGUUCUUGCGUUUGAUGUGAUAUUGUGAGUUUAAGUGUUUAACCCGGAGACUCUGUGGCAUUCGAACAGUUAAGGAAAUGGUUGUUAUUCUAAGCCAGUAAUUUUUUUUUCUUCUGUUGUUUGGUUUUUAAAUUAAAGCAUGAAAAGAGCUAUUGCAUCAUGUGAAUUUUACAUAUAGUUUAAGUUAGAGUUAAUAAGGGGCCUCUGCUGCAAAUCUGGUUAAUCUAAUGAAAAUCUGAACUAUUUCUGAUCUUCAAAACUUGUACAUUAUUUUAUUAUACACACUUAUCUUAAGCUGGAAUAUAUUUAAAAUACCAACUGUUUAGUAGAGUACAUAACAUUUAUUUUGCAUGUGUUCCUUCGUUGUAUUUGCUUCAUACUCCAACUGAUACUGCUUUUUCAAGAUAGAAAUAAUGAUCCAACCAGCAAUUUGUUGUUUGUUUAUUUGAUGUAUUGGUUUUUGCAUAUUAUUCUGAGUCUCAAUUACCAUUUCAACUUUAUUAUUGCCAGAUUGCAUUCUUAAAACGAGUAAGCUAGCUAUUGAAUCCAAAUUAUGCUUCUAUUUGUUGUCUGCACUAUAUAAAAGAUUAAAUGAAUGUUUGGGUUGAAGCUGCUUAAUCAUUUGUAAAAUUGUACAGAAAAUCAGUAACCAUUCCUUGUUCUGUUUGACUUGUGUGUGAGCCCACUCCUAACUAAAAUAUUUUUAUUGUUUAAGUAUUUGCCACUGUAUUUGUACAAAGAAUGGCCAGUUGGAUCCCAGUAGAAAUUUAUUGAAACAUUUCUUGCGUAAUUUUCCAAAAUGGCUACAGUACGCAUUUGAAAAGAGAGCUGUUUGCAUUCAUGUGUUUCCUUUUCAUUUGUAUAAUUUUGGCAUGCCUAGUUUUUGUAAAUAUUUGUCCUGAGCAUGUGAGAGACAUUGCUCUAAUUGGUGCAUUUUGUAUGUCUUUGUAGUAAAAUGGGACGUUGCUUUAGUUUUCAACUUUCCCAGUAAAGAAAUGUUUGCUCUUUUUUUUGUUUUUACUAAGAAAUUGUAUCUAAUAAUGUUCAGGUUAAGUCUACAAUUUGUUCCUUAUGGUGGCCAUAACUUACUAUUAAAGGAUGAUGAAUGGUUUAGAGCAUUUGACAAACAUUUUAUGAGAGGCAGCCUGUCUUACUGUUGCUAAAUAAACAUGCCCAUUCUAGUGUAUUUAACCUAUUGGAUGGUUGUCUGUUAUGUUGUUUUGUCCGUUUGUUUCUCAUGUAAUGGACCUUUACCAAGCAUUUUUUUGCUUUUAUUUUUGUUACUAAUUAAAAACCUAAAACUUGUUUCACAGAAGUAGGUGUGUAACAUUAGAUGAGACUCUAAUGCGUAAACACCAUUGCUUCAAGAGUGCUGUAGAAUGGCAUUCCUCAAGCUUACUUUUGCUUGUAAAUGUUCUUUUGUAGCUUUUUUGUUGUACCGUUUCACAAAUAUCAGAUUGUUGUUUGAGCAUGAUGACGAAGUAUGAGCAUUGUGCAUGCUGACUUAACUCACUUCAUACAGUACAGAGUAAUCGACCAUCCAGUGAGUCUAUGUUAAGGACAAUAUGAGUAAAGAAUAUACACACUGAUCAAGUUACUGACCUUAAAUGAUGAGCACAAGGGGGUGUAUUAUAGAUGCCGCACAGACUUUGAGGUAGACAUAAUUCAGUGGCACUCCAGCUGUUUAUGUGAUUACAGAUACUUCAAGCUGAAAAAAGACCCUAAUUGCACUUGGUUUAACUACAAAUUACAAAAUUAUUUUUUAAAUGAUGCCUGCAAAAUCAGGUGCCUUAUUCAAACAAAUGAAAUAUCCAAACUUGAUUUAUUGAUGUUUUAUAAGGAAACGACUUCAGCCCAUUAUGCCAAGAACUAAAUCAAGAAUUUGUUUUCUUUUUAUUGUGAUGAGCUUUCUGCAGAAUGAGAGCUGUUGCUGCUUUGCCUCAGACAGUUUUCAUGUAAAGAUGAAUGUAGUCUUCCUUCAGUGAAGUCAAUUUAAUAUGUUAAGCUUGUACAUUUUGACUUGUGGAACAUUCUGGUUAAGAGACUAUCCAAAGAGUGCUGCAGUCAUGAUGUAGACUUGUUUUAAAAUGUUAAUAUUGUUAAUAUACACAACAUAGUUUUUUUUUGUUUGUUUGUUUUUGUUUUUUGGGGGUACAUCGGGCUCAAAUCAGUAGGUGAAUGCACAAGUCUGAACUGUUUUUACCUUUUUUCUGUGAUCUUUACCUUUAACUUGCCAUCACACUUCCUGUACUGUUAUUUUUUUCUCAACUUGCUAACAGUGAUAUCUGGUUGAAAAUGCUUUUUUUCCGUAAUUCCAGAAUGAUACAUGAGAAGGUCUUGCUUAAAUACAUUUAGCAGACAUUUAAAGACUUCCAUAGGGCCCUUGAAGGAGCUGGUAGAUCAGCCUUGGAAAGACAAUGUCAGACCUUGUAAGCAUUGUGUCCCCUCACCAACAUUCAAGAUUACUGUGCCUCUUGAUUCUUCUGGUUCUACUGUUCCUCUGAUUACCAUGUGUGACUUUACUUGGAACAGUGUUUAUUCAUUCACCAACAGAAAUUGCCUUCACCAGUUUACUCUCCAAUGAACAGAAAUCCCAGUUUUCCAAAUACAAAUCAACGACACAUGUAGACAUGUGCAUUGUUUGACAUAGAUCUAGCUGAGAUCCUGUUUCAGUUGAUAAGAGGGCAGGAAGCAGAAGGAAGCAGUUCUGCAUUGUUUUUGCUCAUAUUAGUGAAGCAGUUGAUGUUCCACUCGUGCAAGUUGCCGACAGCAUGUUUUCCCUGUACCUGACCGCCUCCACCGAGAAGUGCAGAGUCUUCUCUCCAUAACCGCAUGGCUUCCCUCCAUGCUUUUGGAGGUGAGGAAGCUCUUCAUUUGUGCAAAACAAAACAUGGACUUUGGGUAGGAGUCCCGUCUCGCCGCCCAUUGGUGCUGAAUUUUGAAAAUACAUACUUGAACACCCUCAGUGGCAUGAGAGCUGUGACUUAGCAUCUGUUGUCAGGCUCAUGGACUUUUUUCUUCCCCCUUGCAAGAAACUGUGCUAGACAGUGGUCAAUUUGACAUCAGCUGGAGCCACUGUAAACACCCGUGCCAAGGCCUCGUCCUCAUUAAAGGAUGACUGUGAUGGGCAUGGACAGAACCUGCGGUCGGGUGGGAGAGGGGUGUGUAAAUGUAGCGGUGGUAGCUCUUUUUGUUUGUUUGUUUGUUUUUUACUUUAAGGAGGACAUUGGAGCGCUAGUAGGGUCACCUGGACUGUUGGCCCCAGUUUUCUCGACUUCGUCCUGAACACGUUCAGAAGACAACCACACAACCUGAUAAUAACAGACCCCUGUGUUUUUUCUGAGCACCACACUCACACAUCACACUGCAAUGAUUUACAUCUCCUUCCAAACUUUGCCAAAUUUCUAUUGUUCUUGCUAAUUAUUGAACUUCAGCGUGUGGUUUGCAAAAAUGUAAUAAAAACCACAAAAGUUUUGCUUGUUUUGAAAUCCAUACAACGUUCAAUUUUCAAUUGAAGGAUUUGUCACCCAUUUGGAAAAAAUCACAAUUCAUGACCUUGAUGUAAUGCUUCUGAUGUUGUAUGGUAUUCUACUAGAUAAAUUAGCAUGGGAUCUUUAAGUAGCUAGUACUGUGUGUGUACUCCCCAAGUGUAAAAUCUCUUUUUGUCACAGUAGGAAGGCUGUAUUUCAUUGCUAAGUGCUCUGUUCUAGAUCUCUUGGUGAUUCUAAAGCAGAAUUCUGCAGUGUAUCCUACUGAAACUAACAGUUACUUGAUCCUAUUAGCAAUGUCUAUAUUUGUAGUUCACAUAUAUGCCUGUUCAAAUACAAUAUCUUAACAGUUGUUCUAUUUAUGUUUCAGUGUUGUGCUGGAUUUUUUUCUUUCUCACGUUUUUUUGUUUCUUUCAUUUUUAGAGGCACAACUGGUUGGAAAACAACUUGGUUUCUUGAGCAUUGUUAAUGUACAGAUAUGAAGUAGGCUUAAAAUCAGUUGUGACGAAUUUUGAACAUGUGUCUACUUGUGUUAUUGUGCCUCUGUUUCUUUCUCAUUUUGUAUUAUCCGUAAUUAUGUCUCUGCAUUGUAUCAGCCCGGAGUUGGUACCACAAUUUUGCUUGUAACCAUGAUAGUCUAAUGCUAUUAUUGAUUUUAAUAUCACAAAUAAACAUUAGAUACAGCAGUA